AUGUUCAAAACUCGUUUCCCCCAGUCCAUAACAGCAAAAUCAGCCUCGGCUGCCACUUUACUAGGCAUCGGGGCUUACUGUGCCCAAUCGCGUCUUAUAUCAACUGCCAAUGCGGAGUCAAAUGAACCUCCCAAAGUCUUUUCAGGAUUCGGAUUUACCACCUUACGCCUGCAAAGCACGAAAGAUGUAAACCACAACACGAAACGGCUCGUCUUCGAGUUUCCAGAUCAGAAGGCCACAAGCGGAUUGGCAUUAACUUCGGCACUCCUCACCAUAUCCCGUCCCGAAGGACGCUGGUUCCCCGUACUACGCCCAUAUACACCCAUCAGCGAUCUAAACCAAGAAGGCCAGAUCGAGCUCAUGGUCAAGAAAUACCCAAACGGCAAAGCAAGCAGCCACAUCCAUUCCCUUGCACCAGGAGACACCCUCACAUUCGCAGCGGCACUCAAAGGCCACGCCUGGACACCGAACCGAUCCCCGCAGAUCUAUCUCAUAGCAGGUGGAGCAGGUAUUACACCAAUCUACCAGCUGGCGCAGGGUAUUCUCAAUAAUCCAGCCGACAAAACUAAGAUCAACCUCGUCUUCGGCGUCAAUACCGAGCAGGACCUGCUUCUGCGAGAAGAGCUGGAGAGCUUCAAGGCGCGUUUUCCGGGUCGCUUUGAUUAUGUCUAUGCAGUUAGUCACCCGAAGGGGCAGAGUGAUGGGUUCAGGACGGGAUAUAUUACCGAGGAGCUGUUGCGCGACGUUGUAAGGGCCGAUGGCGAUGCGAAGGUCUUUGUUUGUGGGCCUCCUGCUAUGGAGGAUUCGUUGGUUGGAUCGCGAUGCCAAACAGGUAUUUUGGCUCGGCUUGGCUUUGCAAAGGGUCAGAUUGUUAAGUUUUAA